CAAAAUAUAAAUUAAUAAUAAUUAAAGUCAACAUUUGUCAUGUAAAAUUCUGAGUAGUAAAUUUUCCAACAUGCUUUUUUCGGUAAAUCGGUCAAAAACUAAUAAAUUGUUGUAUGUUGUAACUUUAAACAAUAGUCAUAAUGGAAUAUGGAACUCGCCUCAUACUUCUAUCACUUGUAAAAACAGUAGCCAUCAUUACAGAAACUAUUCCAAAGAAGACGCCUCACCAACUAAGGGAAAAAUUGCUAUCAUAACUGGAGAUGCAAGAGGAAUUGGUUUAUCUAUAGCAGAACAACUGCUAAAAGCUGAAGCAGAGGCAGUAGUCAUUGGUGACGUUCUCACGCAAGCAACUGAAAAUGAAACUUUUUGGCUAAAUGAGAAAUAUGGUGAGCACAAGGUUCUGUUUGAGCCUACUGAUGUGACCAAUCCUAAGCAUAUGGAGAAACUUUUUAACUUUACCAACAAGAGAUUCGGCAACAUUGGUAUUGUAGUAAAUAAUGCUGGAGUUUUAAGUAACCAAAACCAAGAGCAGAUUGUUGAUGAUAAUAUAAAAAGUUUGGUUAAUGGAACGUUAUUGGCAUUUCAAUAUAUGUCUGGAAAAGGAGGAAUCAUAAUAAAUAACGCAUCACUCGAAGCUCUACAACCAAUGUAUACAAGCCCCUUCUACUCCGGAGCUAGCCAUUUCAUAAUUGGAUUUACACGAUCUAUGAGUCACAACUAUUUUUAUAAUGCAACUGGUGUAAAAGUUAUGGCCUUUUGUCCAGGACCAAGAGAAACUCCGAUGUUAUCUGAUAUUGGUAUUGAUAACAACAUCAAUGAACUAAUGUUUUAUAAUCUGAGAAAUAAGCUAGAAAUUAUCUCCACAGAAGACUUUAUCCCAAUGUCAGAAACUGUAGCAAAAGGAGUUAUUUCGAUGUUGCAUGACGGUGAAAACGGAAGCAUUUGGAUAUCGAAAAAUUGCAAGUUUAACAAAAUACAAGUACCAGAUUUCAAAAAUUUGACACCGGCUGAAAUUAAAACAUCUCAAAAAUCAUCAACUAAAGAAAUCUUAUCUGCGACGGCACCAAAAUCUCAAACUAGAAACUUUAGCUCAAAUACAAGUAAAACAGAUACCCCUAGCAAUCCAAACAAAAGCCUUGAUUGCAAAUCUUCAACAGGAGGAUCUGGAGGAGGAUCACAAGGCAAAAGUGAUUCACAAAAGAAUACUAAUAAAAGCAAUGCAAAACCUGAAGGAGGAUCACAAUGCAAAAGUGAUUCAAAAAAGAAUACUAAUAAAGGUAAACCAAAUCCGGGAGGAGGAUCACAAUGCAAAAGUGAUUCACAAAAGAAUAUUAAUAAAAGUAAACCAAAUCCGGGAGGAGGAUCACAAUGUAAAAGUGAUUCAGAAAAGAAUACUAAAAAAAGUACUAAAAAAGUUUGUAUAAAGUUCGGAGAUCCCAAAAAAAGAAAAAUAAUAUGUAAAAAGAAUAAACAUAUGUGUGAAAAGCUAAAAGAAAGAAAAAAAGACAAUAAUAAAUUACCCUGUGUACUAAAUUCAUGUCCACCAGCUUCUCAGGACAAAGCUGAAGCACCAAAAUGUUCAGCAGCUAAUAAGAAACAGAAAGGAUCCGAGAAAAAACCAUCAAAAAAAUAUAAAAAAGACAAAUGUGAGAAUUUGGAUCCGUGUAAAUCGAAGAAAAAGAAGAAAGGUGAGAAGGAAAAAGGUGAUAAAAGCAAAGACAAAUGUGAAAACUUGGAUCCGUGUAAAUCAAAGAAAAAGAAGGAAGGUGAGAAGGAAAAAGGUGAUAAAAGCAAAGACAAAUGUGAAAAUGUGGAUCCGUGUAAAUCGAAGAAAAAGAAGAAAGGUGAGAAGGAAAAAGAUGAUAAAAGCAAAGAUAAAUCAGAUACGAAGUGUAAAAACGACAGUAAAGGCACUAAUGAGAAACAUAGAAGGAAAAUGUGUGCACCAGAGACAGAAAUAUGGGAAGCGAAAAGAAAUUAUAGCGUGUGCAAAAAAAGUGAUAAGUGUGGGGAUAAUGAGCAACAAAAUGAGAAACCAAAAGUAUCAGUCGAUUUAAAGCCGUUUUGUUCGUUAAAAGAAAGUAACUACCAGAAAAGGGUAACACAGUUUAAAUGUGACAAUGUAUGUAGUAAGGCAGAUGGGAGCAAUAUUAAAUGGGGUAUAAAGACGGAAUCUACUGAAAUCGUUAAAGAAAACUGUCAAAAUCAAACUGAGAAAUCCAAUUUGGAAAGCACAGCAAACUUGGCAAACAUUAACAAAACUGCUGCGGAUACGGAAAUAAAUCCAGAGCUUCAAAAAGAACCAAUAAUGUCAACAGUUUUAAGUAACAUUAAAGACACUGGCUUAAAUUCUUCUUUAAAUGAAACAAGUAAAUCACAAAUCCUUGUAGACACCAAAUCAGCGGACGUACCUAAGGUAACAUUAGUGAACCACAUCGAUGUUGGAGAAACAAUUGGACUGAUCCCAACAUUAGCACUCGCAACAGAAACUCCGGAAAAUAUACAAAUUAGCAAAAAUGUCUCAAGCAAGCAAACAUCAAACAGCAAAAAAGAAGAGUCUAGUGCUGCUGAUGUUCCACAAGUAAAGAUAGAAGAUAAAAAAAAGACCGAAAAGAAAAAGAACAAAACUAUUUUUGUGAGUGGUGAAGAUCUAAAGCAUAUUGUAAAGAAACUUGAGUAGGUCCGUUUUUGUUUAUUCGAAUAAGUCUGGUAUAUUUAUUUUGUUAAAGAAAACAUGUGCUACGUUAAAACGAACUGAAAAUAUAAAAUUUUGUUAAAUAAAA